AAGUCCUUUACAGCGAACCCAUUCUAGAAACUCCCCGCAUAUCUCGCAUAGAUUCUCCUUGAGAGGAAUUUCGCGACCCCUAAAAGCCAAAUCUAACACUAUUGAUUCAUCGUUCGCGUUUAUCUAGAGUCCGAUCUACUUCGACAUCUGACCCUGACGUAAGACUAACCUGUGUCGACUUCUCCCCUUCUCUGCGCAACUUCAUCCUUAGUCAAAACUCCUAAUCUUAAUCUUCAUCGCCGUGGAUAAUUCCCGACAUAAUUUGAGCUUGACUCUACGGUAUUAACGUUUUUAGGCUACUUACCACAAAAAUGACGUUCUUCCGGAAAGCGUUCGUUCUUCCGUUUUUCGUUUCCCAAACUGCGGCAUUGCGUCGCAUUGGCAAGCACCGCCGAACAUUGGAACCUGAUCCCAUUUUUUCCGAAAGCGCAUCAGGUGUCGGCAAUGAUGCUGACGGCGAUCAUGGUGACGAGUCUGGCCUGGUCAGGCUUGUGAAUCCUAAAACCAUUUUCCCCGUACAGGACGUCUCAGCAGAAGAACUCGCGGCCGCGUAUAAUGCCAAGGGUGGAAUGCAACUUCUUGCACAAAACCUGGUUCGAAAGCUUUACGCGAAGAAUCUCAACAGUGAGUUUGCCAAGCUGAACCAGGGUUAUGGGAACACCAACAGCUCUCUCCCGAUAGUUGCUUCCAGCAACAACAGUACUGCCACCGAUUUCCUGGCGGAAAUUGAAGAAGAACCAGUGGCGUCUUCGUCUAACAAUACCACCGCGGUUCAUACCGUUCCGGAUUCAGACAAGGAACAGUGCAACAAAACGGCAGGAGGCGGUGAAAUUCCUCUCCCCGAUUUUCAGUACCGCAUCCCUGGCGUGAUCCGGGUUGUAUACACUUCAUCUGCGGCGAGGGACGUUUUUGACUUGACUGCUUUGGCAGAUCAGCUCUCGGAGAUGAACUUUUUCCGCACGACGACGAACGCCACUCCAAUUUCCGCCGGUGUCGAUUUCGAGUGGUCUCUGAACGCGUUUUCCGAUGGUUCUGAUCCGAAUCUUGGGAACGCCGAAGAAAGAAUAUGGUUCGGUCCUGACGGAACUCGUCUAGACCGUUGA